GCCGCCCGCCCACCGCCCAGGAGGUGCGUCGCGCCCGGCCGGGUACUCCGUAUAAAACUGUCUCGUCCUCUGCGGCUGGAGACAGUUGUGGAGGCGACAUCCUUUCGUGCGAGUAACCAGAGAUCCCAGACCGACCAGCCAUGUGUCCCGAACGAGUCGCUUUUGCUGUUGUGGUAGUUUUGGCCCUGUUUGGGCUGUGCGCCGCAAAGGAGGAUCAAAGUAAAGGAUCACUGAAGACCGCCGCCAGUGAGAGGAUAUUCGGUCUUGGCUACGGAGGCUACGGAGGCUAUGGCGGUUACAACAGCUGGCGACCUACCUACCCGACCUACAACAGGAAUCCCUACGGCUGUAACGGCUACAACUGCUACGGAGGGUACGGAAACGGAUACGGAACUGGUUACGGAAACGGGUACGGAACCGGAUACGGAACUGGUUACGGAAACGGCUUCCCCGGUGGAUUUGGAUACUCUGGCGCUGGCGGAUACGGAGGGUACGGGGGCUACGGGGGUGGAUACGGAGGGUACGGCGGCGGCUUCGGCAGCACCGAGGUGGGGUACGGCUCGACGGGCCUUGGAGCAGGAUAUCCCAUCGGCUACCCAGGCGCAUCAGGGAUUGCGUACCGCAAUCAACCGGCGCGGUUCCAAGGAAAAAGGAGCAACUCUGAGGUCGACGAGAUGGAAAGUAGAGCAUAAUCUGUGUUGGGUGGGGCAUUCCCUCCCUCUAUUGAUCAAUGGUUUCAUUUGUUUUUCUCCUUCUUGUAAUAAUUGUAAUAAAUUAAUGACUGCUAAUAUUUAUAUAUCCACCUUGUCACCCUGUUCUUCAAUAAAAUUUGAAUCUUGA